AAUAAAUGCGGUACAAAUUAUGGAGAUGGAAACACAAAAGAGAUAGAUGUAUGCAGUCGAUGAAUGGCACUGGCAUCAAUCAAUUCAAGCCUUGUGGGGGCACCACCUUAUCGGCUCAUCUCUCGUCACAAUCCCUUCGCUAACACACGAAACCCCACUUUCUCGCUUUUCCUAAAUUAAAUUAAGUAAAUCUCAACACACACAGACCUUCGAAUCCUAUUCUGAAGCCCGUUCGUGUGAAGAAGAUGAAGAAGCCUCUCGGUCUCGGUCUCAGGCUCGGCCUGAGUCUCUGUUUCUUCUUCGCUUCGCCUCUCUUUCUCCGAUCGUCUUCUGCUGCAGAUCAAACCAAACCCACCACCAUUCUCUACAAUACCAACAGCCGAGCAGACUACAAUUUUGAUAUCUACACGCUCCCUAUUCCGCCGGACUCCCAACUCAACGCCGCCGCCACAGCCGACGAGCUCCUGAUCACCGACGGACACUCCGUCAACUUCAACGGCCACUUUCCCUCCCGAUUCUCUCCCUCGUUGCUCUCCCUGUUACCCUCUGAAAGCCUCGCCUCCGACCUGCCGCCGCUCCACGUCGUCUACGUCACCGAGCGGAAUGGAACUUCGAGUAUCUACCUCGACGCGGUCUAUUACGACGGCACCGGUCGCGGCACGAGAAGGUCAACGCUCCAGGUGGAAAAUCGGAUUCAAGUCCCCCUGGUGGGAAGGCAGCAAUCGAACGGUGUGAUUUCGAUGAAAGAUAAACCCAGUUUGGUGGGUGAUUCUCUGAUUUACGUUUCGACUCACGAGGAUUCUGGCGUGCCGCGGAGGAGCUGGGCUGCAGUGUACUCGACUCACCUCAGAAGCGGGUUGACGCGUCGGUUGUCGCCUCGUGGGGUGCCUGAUUUUAGCCCGGCCGUUUCGCCGUCGGGUGUCUGGACGGCGGUGGCUUCAUCCGGGGAGGACGGCUGGGCUGGCACUUUGGGAGAGCUUCGCACUGAUAUUUACAUAUUCAGGACGGAUGAUGGGUCGGAUCGGGUCAAGGUGGCGGAGCAUGGCGGGUGGCCGACUUGGGCUGACGAGUCCACUCUGUACUUUCACCGGUGGGGAGAUGAUGGGUGGUGGAGUAUCUACAAAGCAACUCUUCCUAACGAUGGACCUAUUGGCGUUAACUCGGUGGUGACUCAGCGAGUCACCCCACCGGGUCUUCAUGCCUUCACUCCAGCUGCUUCCGUGGCCAACAAGAGUUUCAUCGCCGUGGCGACAAGACGACCCGGCUCAAAUUAUCGCCAUGUAGAACUCUUCGACGUUGUUUCUAAACUGUUUACAGAGAUUACCCGACCCAUUUCUCCAAAAACCCAUCAUCUCAACCCGUUUAUCUCCCCCGAUUCUACCAGGAUAGGGUACCAUAGAUGCAGGGGAUCAAAAAACAGAGGGCAAGGUGACCACUUGUUAUUCGAAUACACCCAAAGUCCAUUAGCUGACAUCUCUCUCAUUCGCAUUUACUGGCCAUUCCCUUCUUUCUCACCCGAGGGUGACAGAAUUACUUAUGCGGGUUUACCGGGUUCGGGUCUUCAUGUGGUGAACUUGGAUGGGUCGGGGACUCGUGAGCUUUAUUCGGGUUUGGCCUUUGGUACAUCAUGGAACCCAAAAAUCAAGGGGUUGAUUUACACCAGCGUGGGGCCCAUAUUUGCUCCGACAAGUACCGAAGUCGACGUGAUCUCUGUCAACGCCGAUGAUGAAGAACAUAGCUACAAAAAGCUGACCACCGAUGGCAAAAAUAAUGCUUUUCCUUCAGCUUCGCCCGACGGGAAAUGGGUUGUUUUUCGAUCGGGCAGAUCAGGUUACAAGAACUUAUACAUAAUGGACGCCAUAGAAGGAGAUAAGGCCGGGCUCCAAAGGGUCACGGACGGAUCAUGGACCGACACGCACUGUAGUUGGUCUCCUGAUGGAGAUUGGAUCAUCUUCGCAUCGAAUCGGGACAAACCCGGUUCCGAUAGCUACCAAUUAUACAUGGUUCACCCGAAUGGAACCGAGCUUAGGAAGGUGUUUGGGGACGAAAAUGGAGUGUCGGCCCACCCGACAUUCAGCCCGGAUGGGAAGAGUAUUGUGUUUACGUCAGAUCAUGCGGGAGUAUCAGCGGAGCCAAUCUCAAACGCACAUCAGUAUCAGCCGUCGAGCGAAAUCUUCACGAUGAAAUUGGACGGUUCAGGGCUCACGAGAUGGACCCACAAUUCCUUCGACGACGGGACCCCAGCAUGGGGCCCCAUGUUCAUGACGCCAGUGGAUGUGGAUCUCCCGACACGUGUCGACCAAUGCUUUUUCGACGAUUGUUACUGGGUUACAUUUCCAAAUCAAAAUAUGGAGGCUCGAAGCUCAGUUCAGAGAGCUAAUGCCCCGUGCGGUUAGGGGGCUUGAGCUUUUACAGUAAUUAAUUAGCUAAUAAUGAGGUGCUUAUGGUAGUUUUGCAUUUGUAAUAUUUAUGUUAGGUCAGCCUUAUGAGAGUUUUCCCAGGACCAGGAGGGUCUGUUAUCUGUCUAUCGUCGUGUUCCCAAUGAAGGGUGAAGUUGUUGCCUUCUUUA